ACCCAAACACCUUUCAUAGCGUGCAUUUCCUUUUGUACUAUUAUGAGUUACUUAACGCUCUAUCUGUAACUAGUUAAUUCUAGUGUUCUUUUCUCUUGAACAUCUCGGCAUGCAUGUCUUUAAUGUGCGGUAACAUACGCUUUAUGCACCACUUCUAUUUGCCCUUGUCGGUUUACUAAAUUGUACUGGUGAGCGGAGCUAAAGAAUAAGAGACUCAUCUUUCAGGAAGUUAUGUCACCUUCAGGCUUAGGGCUCCGCCCUUUCCUCCUGAGGAACCGGAGUGCGCGUGCGCAGUUUUCUACGGCACUUAGUUGCGUGACUUGCAUUGUCGUGAUGUUCUUGUAUCCGCCAUGUUGGAUCCAUAAAGAAACAUCAAUUACGGGAUUACUAAGCCUUUUGCAAAUAGGAAGAGAAUUGCUACGAUCAUAGAUUUAAUAUGUCUGCCACUGAAUAUAAUAACUUACUCUUCGCAAUAAGUCGGAAACUCGACGAACUGAAUGCACUCGAUCACCUUCUGUUCAUGUGCAGAGGGAAUCUGGCGCCAGGCAGCGAAGGCAACAUCCAUGAUACUCUGUCGUUGUGUAAAGAGUUGGAGGAAAAUAAUAAUUUAGGAAGUGAUCGCCUUCAGCUAAUGAAAAGACUGUUGAGGGGCGUCGAAGACUGGGCUCUUCUUGAAAAGGUGGAGAAAUUCGAGUGCAAAAGAAAGGAAUACAAGGCCUUGCUUGAAAAGAUAAUUUCUUCACUCGAUACGCUCAAUGAUUUGGAACGGCUGAUCGCGAUAUGCAGGGGAAGUGUUCGCGAGGGGAGUGAAGGCAACAUUGAGGAUGUUCGCUCGCUAUUAAGAGAACUGGAGAAUCAAGGCAAUCUUGAGAUUGACUAUCUCGAUGUUGUGAAGAACAUUCUAGCUGAAACAGAGUCAAACGAGCUUUUGAAGGAACUCGAACAGUUCGAAGAACGAAGAAAUCGGGAAGAUAAAUCCGAAGCGAGGAAAGGUAUUUCAAUCUCUGUUUUAUGUUUUUAA